AUGAUACAGGUACUUCGUCCAUUCAUCGGCAAGUUUCUUGUAGUUUACUUUGAUGACAUUCUUAUCUACAGUCACACCACUGAGGACCAUCUCGAUCAUCUGAAGCACAUGUUGAGAGUGUUACAUACAGGGAAACUCUUCAUCAGCCUCAAAAAAUGUUCUUAUAUGUUGCCUAAGAUUGUCUUCCUUGGGUUUAUUAUAUCUUCAGCAGGGGUUGAAGCUGAUCCGAAGAAAGUGCAAAGCAUAGUCGAUUGGCCAGUACCACAAACCUUGAUAGAGGUCAGGAGCUUCCAUGGCCUAGCAUCUUUUUAUCGACAUUUUAUUCAGAACUUCAGUGGCAUCAUGGCACCCAUUACUGAAUGCAUGAAGAAAAGUAAGGGUAGAUUCCAGUGGACACCGGCUGCUACCAAAGCUUUUGUAUUGAUCAAGCAAAAGAUGACUGAGGCACCUGUUCUACGGCUUCCAAACUUAGAUGUCAUAUUUGAGGUAGCUAUAGAUGCAUCCCAUGCUGGGAUUAGAGGAGUUCUCAUGCAAUCAAAUCAUCCCAUUGCCUACUACAGUGAGAAACUCAACGAUGCUAAGCGGCGUUACUCUACCUAUUGUUGA